AAUACGAUGAGUGAUAACUUUUGUGUCGAGUACAAGAUCUUCUAAGUUUAACUUUGAAUCAAUCAUAAUGAUGUGGAGAGAGAAAGAACAAGUUCUUAUGUUUACUUUCACAUUUGUAAUUUAUGCGGUAUGUACGAUCAUUUUGUUCAACAUUAUGUAUCGUACACAGCCAACUCCAUAUAUGGAUGAGAUAUUCCAUAUUCCACAAACACAAAGUUAUUGCAAAGGAAAUUUCACCAAGUGGGACCCUAAGAUUACUACACCUCCUGGUUUGUACUUAUCUACUGUGGGAGUCCUCGUACCGCUGGCCCAAUGGCUUGGAUGGGAAGUGUGUGAAGUCUACUUUUUGAGAUUAACUAAUGUGUUCUUUGUAUUUGGAAAUUUCUACUUGUUAUACUGUCUGCUUUUAAAUCUGCACCCUCAGAUUUCUGAAAGCAAGCUAUUGCUAUCUUGCUUAAACCUUUCAAUUUUUCCAUUAACAUACUUCUUCGUUUUCUUAUACUACACUGAUGUUGGAAACCUUUUCUUUUUCCUUCUGAUGUACACAUUCCACCUUCAAGGACAAGACUUAGUAGCCGCUUUGUUUGGUGUGAUGGCAGUUUUCUUUCGACAGACAAGUAUAAUCUGGGUUUUUUUUGUAAGUAUGGCUGCAGAAAGUUCUGUGUACAUAACAAUGAAGAGGACUAAACUAGAGAAGAAAAGUAGCAGCCUUCAGUUUCUUAAAAAAUUCAUCUCAACAACUGCAGCACUACCAGUCCAUCACAAAAAACAAUUUGUAAAUGUGCUCAUAGAUAUUCUAGAUACUUGCGGAGGCUACCUUCUCACAGCAGUAGGGUUUAUUGUUUUUUUGUAUCGUAACAAAGGUUUUGCGCUUGGUGACAAAGAUGCCCAUGUCUUAUGUUUCAAUGUUUCUCAAGUGUGUUAUUUUCUGGGCUUUGUCUUAGUGUUCUGUAGUCCUUUCCUUUUGUCACCAGGAAAAGUAAAGAAAUUUAUAUCUUUUUGUAUUAAGGAAUGGGUUCUCACUGCUGCAGUCACAGCCGUUAUGAUUCUGGUUUUAGAAUAUUUAGUUCAAAUUCAUCCGUAUCUUCUAGCUGAUAAUCGACACUUAACCUUCUAUGUGUGGCAGAGAUUUCUUGGCCGAAAUAGUCUGUUGAGUUGUGCUUUUAUUCCUGUCUACAUUUUCAGUGGCUGGACAGUAUUGCAGACAUUGCAACAUAAAGAUUCUGUUUGGCAGUUACUUUAUAUUCUCUGUUUAGUUUUGUCAGUUGUACCGCAGAAAUUGCUUGAAUUCAGAUACUUUAUCAUACCUUAUGUUUUAUUCAGGCUGAAUAUUCAAGUGAACAGCUAUAUUCAGUUAUUUUUGGAAUUUUCAAUUUAUGUUUUUGUUAAUGCCUUCACAUUAGUUUUGUUCCUGAAUAAGCCUUUCUACUGGGAAGGACAAUCAGAAAUACAGCGAAUAAUGUGGUAAAAUAAAAAUUCUUCAGAUUACACAAGACUUUGUAGAAGUUUUUAAAAUCCUGCCAAUCUACCUAUAAAUGCAAAACAUUAGUUAUAUACAUGUGUGUGUAUAUAUAGAUUAACGACUUGGUUGUGACUUAUAUGCACAGUCUAAAUCUACAUGCAAUUUACUGUUCUUAACUAUAUUGCCAGUAAACUUUAAUUUUGUGCCUUGAAAGGCAUAUAGUACUUAUAUUUUGCAACGAUAUUGUUAAAGAAUAAGAAAACUGAAAAAUUGCAUAAGGAAAUACAACAAGCAACAAAAAAAUCUGAGGUGUUUAAUUUUUAAAGAAAAGAAAGUUCUUAAAGUUUAAAAUAUUUUUAUAGCUUUAAUUGCUAAUUGAUUUUAAAUUCACUAUGAUAUCUGGAAUAAUAUAUCAUUCGCAAAUCUUUGUAAAUUUUUUUUUUCAGCAUUAAAACUAGUUUAACUAUCCUUAAAAAUUCAAAGACACUUACUGUACAGAAUUGAGGUGUAAUGCAGAUGUUGUCUUGUACAUAUUGUAAAUACAUAAGUAGGUGUUAGUUUUUAUGUAUACUUGCUCCUAUGUAAUAUUUUGUAUUAAUGAGUUUCUUUUAAGGUUUCAGAUAUUGAUGUUGAUUUUCUAUAUAACUAUUGCACUCUGUAAUUUUUAGAAGUUUAAAUAUAAUGACAGUGGUGUUACGAGUAAUUUCAUUGAAUUUUUAGGGCAGAAACUUUAUAAAAGUAUCGGUCUCAUUUUGAUAGAAGUUUUGACCAACUUAUUGCCUUUCAAGUUUACAAAGAAUUGGUCAUUUGUUCUUGUCAAAUGAGUUCAGUUAAAUUUACAGUAAAAUUAGAAAAAUAAAUUACCCAACAUAGCAUAAGUGAACGUUUGUUUUUCUCUUUUAUAUUUACUCACUAAGAAUGUGUACAGUAGCCUCUUAAAUAUUUAGUUUUCUAUUUCUCAUAAUAAAAAAGAAAGAUUCUAUUCCAAGAAAUGGUUCAUUCAAGGUUUUAUGCACUUUGUAAAUACACCUACAUAAAAUGUCAUUAACCUAUAUUCGCAUUUAUAUUCAACUGUUUGUUAAACAAAUGUUUUUCAUACUGAAAUGCCUAUUACGGUGAAGUUGUUUUGUAGAUGAUAUAGUGUAGUGUCUUAUAACAACUAAUUUUCCAAUGUUUGGUGUAAUGUAAUUUUCAUUUCAUAGAAGUGUAGUGUCUUUCACAGUUUGGUCAUGAAGAGGUUACAUCAUUUUUAUGCUAAUUUGUUCUUUAUAAGUAAUUUGUCUUUUAACAUUUAUUUUUAUGAUAAUUUGUUCUUUUAGAAUAGUUUGAUUGUGGGUAGUGUUUCAGGAUUAUUACUGAUUGAGAUUGAGAGUUGAUUUGUUAUGUUUUGCAUAAUGAUGUUCUUAAGAGAUACAUUCUACUCAUGAAUUACAGUAUAUUAGGAGCUCAGCUACAUUACAUUACCAAUUUUUGUGUUUUAAAAUAUUCAGCCUUAGAAAAUUGCAUUAAGUUUCUUGCUUUUGUUGAAUAUUAGUAUAACUGCAAUGAGUUUCAACUACCAGCCAAACAAGAAGUUUGCAUUUGAUGUUCGAUAGUAGUGUUGUGGUGUCAUAAUCUCAGUUUAUACAAAAUGAUCGGAAGAGAAAGAAUAAUUUUUUAUGAUAAAGUUAUACAAUAUUGAACUUUCUUAGGAAAUAAGAUGAUUUUAUUUUAUAAAGUCCAAAAAUACGUGUAUACUACUGGAAAAGCCGAUAUAGCCCAGUACAUCAGGGAACCAUUUUCAAAAGGAGAAACUGGCUACGUUCACAGAAGUUUUGUUUAUAUCCUGAAAGACAGCUACUUAAUACAUUGAAACUCUAGAAGCAGAUGUUCUUGGCUGCUUCAACUAAAUACAAACUUAUAAACAAAGAUUCCAACUUGAAAAACAAAAUGUGCAUGUGUUGUGUGUAUAGAAUUGUCUCACUUGACAUUUUUUAAUGAAAGACAUUGAAAAAGUGGCUUAACUGGUAAAAAAUGCCUUAUAACAAACACCAUGAGAAGGAAGGAAACUGUAAUUUGUAUUUGUUAGUAUUGGUAUUUUAUGGAACUUGUACUUACCACUUAUUAGAAUCGAAAUAUAAUUUCAAUUUUUGGCAGAAUUUAUUCUUGAAUUUGCUCUAGCAUUGCUUAAUAACAUUACUGAAAUAUGAGCUGUUUGCUGCAGGACUCAAAAUAUUAAAUUAUUUUGUCACGUUUAGAAUAAAACGCUACAGAUUCAUACAACAUGGAAGUAAUGAACUUCUGAUAGAAUUGGUUUUUAUAAAUCAAUAAAAUCUU